GCUCUCAGCCUCGGUCGAGAAGCAGCGUAUGGCCACUCCGCGGCCUGGUGCGGCCUAGGCCCAGCUGCUUCUCCCGCCUCCCCUCACGCCGGCUCCUGCCUGUCUUCUCGUCAGUUCCGAGGCCUCGCCCGCAACCUCAGCCGUGUUACCUCUGGCCCUACGUUACUUCUUGCCCUUGGUGUGAGCGGAGUUCGGCAAUAAUACCUCCUUUCCCCCCGGGCCAGCGUCCGGCGAGCCCCUCCUGUCAGCCCAGCGGCCGGGCCCGGGCCGGCGUGAGGGAUGAGGGGCCGACAACUCGCCCCAGGUGCUCUCUUGCCUAAGGAUGUUUGGGAGGCACGUUUGAUCAGCGCUUGUACGAUCUUCAUAACGGCUGCUAUAUGGCAAGCACUAAACCACUAUGCUUACAGAGAUGCAGUUUUCCUCGCAGAGCGACUAUAUGCAGAAGUACACUCAGAAGAAGCCUUGUUUUUACUGGCAACCUGUUAUUACCGCUCAGGAAAGGCAUAUAAAGCAUAUAGACUCUUGAAAGGACACAGUUGUACUACACCGCAAUGUAAAUACCUGCUUGCAAAAUGUUGUGUUGAUCUCAGCAAGCUUGCAGAAGGGGAACAGAUCUUAUCUGGUGGAGUGUUUAAUAAGCCGAAAAGCCAUGAUGAUAUUGUUACUGAGUUUGGUGAUUCAGCUUGCUUUACUCUUUCAUUGUUGGGACAUGUAUAUUGCAAGACAGAUCGGCUUGCCAAAGGAUCAGAAUGUUACCAAAAGAGCCUUAGUUUAAAUCCUUUCCUCUGGUCCCCCUUUGAAUCAUUAUGUGAAAUAGGUGAAAAGCCAGAUCCUGACCAAACAUUUAAAUUAACAUCUUUACAGAACUUUAGCAGCUGUCUGCCCAACUCUUGCACAACACUAGUAUCUAAUCAUAGUUUAUCUCACAGACAGCCUGAGACAGUUCUUACAGAAACACCCCAGGACACAAUUGAAUUAAACAGACUGAAUUUAGAAUCUUCCAAUUCAAAGUACUCAUUGAAUACAGAUUCUUCAGUGUCUUAUAUUGAUUCAGCUGUAAUUUCACCAGAUACUGUCCCUCUUGGAACAGGAACUUCCAUAUUAUCUAAACAAGUUCAAAAUAAACCAAAAACUGGUCGAAGUUUAUUAGGAGGACCAGCUGCUCUUAGCCCAUUAACCCCAAGUUUUGGGAUUUUGCCAUUAGAAACCCCAAGUCCUGGAGAUGGAUCCUAUUUACAAAACUACACUAACACAUCUUCUGUAAUUGACGUGCCAUCCACCGGAGCCCCUUCAAAAAAGACUUUUUGUGUUUUACAGUCUGUUGCCAGAAUCGGCCAAACUGGAACAAAGUCUGUCUUCUCACAGAGUGGAAACAGUCGAGAGGUAACUCCAAUUCUUGUUGCACAAACACAAAGUUCUGGCCCACAAACAAGUACAACACCUCAGGUAUUGAGCCCCACUAUCACAUCUCCCCCAAAUGCACUGCCUCGAAGAAGUUCACGACUUUUUACUAGUGACAGCUCUACAACCAAGGAGAAUAGCAAGAAAUUAAAAAUGAAGUUUCCACCUAAAAUCCCAAACAGAAAAACAAAAAGUAAAACUAAUAAAGGAGGAAUAACUCAACCUAACAUAAAUGAUAGCCUAGAAAUAACAAAAUUAGACUCUGCAAUCAUUUCAGAAGGGAAAAUCUCCACAAUCACACCUCAGAUCCAGGCAUUUAAUCUACAGAAAGCAGCAGCAGAAGGUUUGAUGAGCCUUCUUCGUGAAAUGGGGAAAGGUUAUUUAGCUUUGUGCUCAUACAACUGCAAAGAAGCUAUAAAUAUCUUGAGCCACCUACCUUCUCACCACUACAAUACUGGUUGGGUCCUGUGCCAGAUUGGAAGGGCCUAUUUUGAACUUUCAGAGUACAUGCAAGCUGAAAGAAUAUUCUCAGAGGUUAGAAGAAUUGAGAAUUACAGAGUCGAAGGCAUGGAGAUCUACUCUACGACACUUUGGCAUCUUCAAAAGGAUGUUGCUCUUUCAGUUCUUUCAAAAGACUUAACAGAUAUGGAUAAAAAUUCACCAGAGGCCUGGUGUGCUGCAGGGAACUGUUUCAGUUUGCAACGGGAACAUGAUAUUGCGAUUAAAUUCUUCCAGAGAGCUAUCCAGGUUGAUCCAAAUUAUGCUUAUGCCUAUACUCUAUUAGGGCAUGAGUUUGUGUUAACUGAAGAAUUAGACAAAGCAUUAGCUUGUUUUCGAAAUGCUAUCAGAGUCAAUCCUAGACAUUAUAAUGCAUGGUAUGGUUUAGGAAUGAUUUAUUACAAGCAAGAAAAAUUCAGCCUUGCAGAAAUGCAUUUCCAGAAAGCACUUGACAUCAACCCUCAAAGUUCGGUUUUGCUUUGCCACAUUGGAGUAGUUCAGCACGCACUGAAAAAAUCUGAGAAGGCUUUGGAUACCCUAAACAAAGCCAUUGUUAUUGAUCCUAAGAACCCUCUAUGCAAAUUUCACAGAGCCUCAGUUUUAUUUGCAAAUGAAAAAUAUAAGUCUGCUUUACAAGAACUUGAAGAAUUGAAACAAAUUGUUCCCAAAGAAUCCCUCGUUUACUUCUUAAUAGGAAAGGUUUACAAGAAGUUAGGUCAAACGCACCUCGCCCUGAUGAAUUUCUCUUGGGCUAUGGAUUUAGAUCCUAAAGGAGCCAAUAACCAGAUUAAAGAGGCAAUUGAUAAGCGCUACCUUCCAGAUGAUGAGGAGCCAAUAACCCAAGAGGAACAGAUCAUGGGAACAGAUGAAUCCCAGGAGAGCAGCAUGACAGAUGCGGAUGACACACAACUUCAUGCAGCUGAAAGUGAUGAAUUUUAACUUCUGGAAAUCAAGACUUUUGCAACUGGAUGUGUGACUAGUGCUGACGUGUUUCUUGUCCUUCCAUAUACUGAGUCUUCACUCUUGAGCCAGCAGUGUCAUCAUCCAUCACUUAUACCCUGAGUGUGCCCCUUUCAUUGGACCCUGACUGUACACAGAAUGAAAGGCAGUGCAAUAUUUAGCUGCUAACAAGACUGGCUCUUUCACCAGUAUGAAUGACAAUUUAGGGGGUAGGGUGGGAAACUUUCUUUUCUUUUUUUUCUUUAAUCUCCCUUUGUUGGAAAACUAUCAUGGAAGGAAGAGUUUUGUUUUAUCUUGAAGGAACCAUUAGAUAUGGAAAAUGGUGAUGAACCAGAAUCUCUUGGUCGUUUUUCCAAAAAUUUGUUUUUACUUGGUUCUGUUCCUGAUAAACAGAGUGACUGACCUUCAUUUCUAGGUUCUUCAAGAAUGGUGUUAGCAAGUGCCAGAUGGAACAAUAAAAGACAUUGCCUAUAACAGAGUAACUUGAUUGCCAAGGAAUGUAAAUUACCUUAAGCUUGCAGUGUCUCCCAUAAACAAAUAUAAUGGGCAUAUUGGAAUUCAUAUGUAGGAAUCAAUAUCCCUCCAUACAAUGUACACUUACUUUUGGCAAGAAUACUUUAUGUCUAACCAAGAAUUUUAAUUUAUUCAUCUUGCUUCAAAGUGUUGAUCAUUGUUGUCUAGGUGUUACAAACUUUAAAAUUGGUCCUUACCAUAUUGCCUCUUCUCUUUGCGCUCUGUGGGAUCACCUUUAACAUUCAGAAAUGAUAGAAAGGUUGCCCACUGAAAAGCCAAAAAAAGGCUCUUAAUAACCAUUUAAGUUCACCAGAAGAAUCAAAAUGAGAACACUAAAUGGAAAGACUUUAAGAGAUCAUGAUAGUGAAAGCCUUAAUACAAUCAGAAUCCUACCAUAACCUUGAAUCUAUAUUUGUUAAAGACAGUAUCCCUCUGACUUUUCUAAGUGUUUAAGCAGGGUGCAAGAAUGUGUGGUUACCUUCAGUUGAGGUCAUUUCCAUUCUUUUCAACUCUCUGCUUCAAAUUAUUUUCAAUAGUGUGAGUCACCAAAACAUUUACUGAGAGUGAUUGGGUUUAGGAUAUUAGAAAUUCUUAGCUGAAAAAAAACCCCCGCUCUUACGAAGGAGAGGAGUUCUCUUUUGAGUUUGUCAUAAUAUAGGUUGAUGUCUUUGGGGAAUGACCAUAAUUUUAAAGACCUAAUUAUGCAUAAUGAAAUGGGAAUUAUUGGAAUUUCACAGUAACCAAUUUAAAGUCUUAAAUUGUGUAUCUCCUUUAUUGUAAUGUAUUGAAAUUUUUAGAGAAACUUUAGUUAACAUUUUAUUAAGUGCCAACGUCAGAAUAUAACAAAUUUAUAGUUUCUUAUGAAUGACAGGCCUACAGUUAUUGUUUUGGAUUAUUUGAUGAAGGACAAACUUAUCUACUGGUUACCUGUAUUUGUUAGUCAAGCUGUGAAAAUAAGGUGGAUUACAGAAGAUAAGAAAAAGAUUUUAGCCUGUAGACUCAGUAAUUUUCUAUCAUUUACUAUUAAUCUGCUGAUUUGAAUGUGGCUUAGAUACCGUUACAAUCUAAUUCAAGUCAAAGUCUUAGAUUAGGUAUUGGGUGCCAGAGAGGUGUUUAACAAAAUUUUCUACCUAAAUCUAUAUAUGUGCUGCCUAAAAAAAAAUAAUUUAUAAGAAAAAGGAAAGGUUGUGAGUAAACAAAUAUCAUUAAAAAUUCCCAAAGGCUAGCACUUGGAUUCUAACAAAUAUUCCAUUUUUAUCCAUUAGUUCUGUAAUAUUUAAUUUUAUAUUCUUUUAUUUUUUUAAUUGGCAAAUCAUAAGCCAGCUGUAUAACAGUAUCAAAUAUAGAGUUUCAUAGAAAGCUUUGAACUGAGCUCUUUGUUACAAAGCUUGGAGAAAGCUAUGCUCAGAAAACAAUUUGCUGAUGUAUAAUUAGUUAUUUUUUGUAGUAGGAAUUUAUGUCCUGUGCCAGAAGUAAGUUUCUGGUACUAAUUUUGAGACCAAGGAUAAAAGGAUAGUUGUGGAAGGCACAGCAUGGCAAUGGUUGGCUGAGGGAUAAUCAGCCUAAGCUUGACCUGAUUGCAUUUUCCUCACACCUCUACUUUCAAAGUCAUUUAGGUAUUUGAAGCCUUAUUUCCCACCUAUUUACUGUUUCUGGCUUUCUCUUUUCUUUUUUUCUUUCUUUUUUGUUUGGAAUGGAGAUAAACAACCAGAAGAAGAUAUGCAUUUUGAUCAGGCAAAAUGUUUGCUUCAAAUUUCAGAAGUUAUUUUGAAGGAAAUCAGAAAUACUAAGUACUUUGAUGUCCUGGUUUCUCUUUAAGCUUUUCACACGUGUGUAUACACACACACACACACACACACACACACUCUCUCUCUUGUUCAGAAGUUAUGUUGUGGCAUUGGAUAUUUUCCCCCUUGGAAAUGGUUCUUAACUCUGGGAUUUUAGAAGUUUGGAAAUAUUUUUUCAAGAGAACAAUGGUACUCAAAAUAAUGAAAGGUGGUCCUACUUUUUCUGUAUUUCAUUACUUUAAAAUUUUUAUUUUUUCCAAGAACUGCAAGUGACAUUUGAACCAUGCUGCUGUUGUACCUUAAACAAAAACUCAGUGAUAACCAGUAUUUAGUCUAUUAAAAAUGCUCUUUUUGAAGAAAAAAGUUUGCAAGUCUCUGUUUAGCCAGAGUAUAGUAUGGGUCUUCACAAAAAAUAUGGUGACCUGUUUUCUUUGUGAAAACCUAGGAAAAUGCAAGUGUGGGUGUGAUGUGUGUGUUCUAUUUGCAUUGAAACAAUGUAAUUUUGUGUCUUCUUUUUGCUUUUCCUGACUUAUUUCGGAAAUUGUACAGUCUUGGGGGGGGAAAGUCUUUUCUGUUAAUAUAUUUGCAAUUCAUUAAAGGAUAUGGAAAAUCCAAAUAAAUUACUUUUGAAAGCAAA